CGUGACACGAAUGGAAGUCGAGUAUCGUCUGUGUACACUUUUACAUUUUGUGUAGUGGAAUUUUUAAUGAAGUUAUGAUUAAUCUUCUGACAUGAAUAAUCAUAAAAAUGACCAAGUGGGUUAAAUUUGAUAGCAAAUCAAAACAUGGUAUAGCUGUAUGCAAUUUUAAGGUUGAUAGAGUAGGAUUUUUAAAGUUAUUUAUUGGAGAUGUGGUACUCAUCUAUGAAGAAGGGGAUGACUGGUACAGAGGUCAACUUUCGAAAGACAAAACUAAGAAGGGAAUCUUUCCCAAGAAAUUUGUUCGUCUAAAAGAAAUAGGCAUAAAUAAAACAGGUUCCCUAGAUUUAUCAGGAAGGAUUACAACAUUAGAGCUACCACUUAUUCAAGAGAUUACAACUGUACUUCGAGAAUGGCACAACAUAUGGAAACAGCUUUUUGUGGAGAGAAGACCAGAACUAAUGGCUGUUCAAGACAUGAUGCAAGAACUAAUAGAUCAGAGGAGAAAAAUUAUGUCUCGAAAACUUACAGCGGAAGAACUGAGAGACAUUCAGCAGAGAAUUGCAACAAAAAUAGAUUUAGGAAAUGCGUUGCUAGGAUUAGACUUGGUUGUUAGAGAUGAACUUGGUAGUGUUCUGGAUCCAGAUAUAACAAGUACAAUACAGUUGUUUAGACAGCAUGAAGAAGCCUCAGAAAGAAUAAAGUCAGAACAGGACCGUGGUAUUAAGGACAGGCAAAGAGAAAAAAUUGACAAAACUAAAGAUGAAUUAACUAGUAUGAAUUGGCCGCAGACAUUUAACAUUUAUGUAAUGUUAAGGAACUUUGUUUGCCGAAUAGGUGAAGAUGCUGAUUUGUUGAUGAGUCUUUAUGAUGCCAAGCUGGGGAAAUUUAUCAGUGAAAAUUAUGUAGUAAAAUGGGGUAAAGAAGGCGUGCCAAAAGAUAUAGACAACCUGAAUAACUUUAAAGUUGUCUUUACUGACCUUGGUAUUAAGGACAGGCAAAGAGAAAAAGUAUUCCUAGUCAUCCAAGUGGUUAGAGUUGGUGUAAUGGAUUCAAAUGAUGUCCAUGAUAAGAAACAGACCAAAUGCUUAAGACGUCCAUUUGGUGUGGCAGCCACAGAAAUAACAGACAUAUUACAAGGUUUGAAAGAAGUUAAUGAAGAUAUGCAAGUGUUUAUUCCAUUCCAGCAACCAAGUGGAGAAGAAUUCAUGGAAUCUUUAAUAAAGAAAGUUGUCUCAGCUAAAGAAAUCAACCACAAAGGUCAAGGACUUUGGGUUUCACUGAAAAUCAUGAUGGGAGACCUCAAACAGGCAAGAGAAGAACAUCCACAUUUAGUCACCAUGGCAACUGCAGUAUCUAGAAAGAUGGGUUUCCCGGAGGUUAUCAUGCCAGGAGAUGUUAGGAAUGAUAUUUAUGUAACUAUCAAACAAGGAGAGUUUACCAGAGGUUCUAAAACAGCAGACAAAAAUGUUGAAGUGACUGUGUUAGUGUGCAAUAAACAAGGAGAACCAUUAAAGGAUGUUAUCAGUUAUGGCUGUGGAAAUGAUAUGACAAAUGAGUACAGAUCAUUGGUGUUCUAUCAUGAAGAUAAACCUAAAUGGUUUGAAACUAUCAAGAUUGCCAUAUCAACAGAGGAGGAGUUUAAAGGUCUUCAUCUGAAGUUUUUAUUUAAGCACAGAUCUUCCAGUGAAAGCAAAGAUAGAUCUGAGAGGCCAUUUGCCAUGUCAUUCAUAAAACUGCUGAACCAGAAAAAUGGUACAACAUUGAACGAUACUGAUCAUAAUCUACUAGUUUAUAAGAAUAAAAAUGACGGGUCUCAGAGACAUUCAAGUGUUAAAAAACAGAGGUAUUCUGUAUUGUUUGAGUUAGAAAAGUUAGAAAAGGUUGACAAGAUAGAGAAAAAAGAUGACAAGCAAGCACCAUACUUAGAUCUGCCAUGUACCAGGGACGACCUUGAAGAACAAGGCAUACAUAAAGACAGUAAAGUGCCUCUGUUUAGUGGACCAUUCACUCUUAGUCAAAGAGAUAGCUUCCAAAUCAAUACAUUUGUUUGCUCUACAAAACUCACACAUAAUGUGGAUAUUCUAGGGUUGUUGAAAUGGCAGGAAUUAUUGAAUGAAUUGGAUCCAUCAGCACUUCGACUUCACUUAGACAAACUGAUGCAUGUUGACGGAGAGGAAAUAGUCAAGUUUUUACAAGAUCUUCUGGAUUCCCUGUUUAGAAUAUUGAUAGAAAACACAAUAUCAGAUACAUAUGACAGCCAAGUGUUUGAAUGCUUGGUACAUAUAAUUGGUUUGAUAUCAGACAGAAAGUAUCACCAGUUCAGGCCAGUGUUAGAUGCUUACAUUACUGAUACCUUCAGCUUCCCUUCUGCUUACCAAAAGCUAACAACAUUACUCAGAGAAUAUGUAGAUAGAGCAACAGAAGUUAAUCAGAAGUACCUGGUCAAGGCCAUGAAGUCAUUAGAAUAUCUGUUUAAAUUUAUAGUCAAGUCAAGGAGUCUAUUUACUUUAUUGGAGGAGGGUAAAGGGAAAGUUGCAUUCGAACAAACAAUGAAGCAUUUACUUCAUGCAAUAAGUGGUAUGAUGUUACACACGAGUGAUAACACACUACUAGCUCAGGGUUCAGCAUUGAAGUACAUGUGUUCAGCAAUAAAAGAUAUUGCUCAGGUGUUUGAUUUAGUAGAACUUAGUCGUUUAAUGGUUGAGUUUAUAAACAAUGUGCCAAAAGAAAGAUUAACAAAACAGAAGUUGAAGUGUAUAGAUGACCUUGUACAUAGUGAUUUAUUUAAAUUUCCAGAAUGUCGUAGAAUUCUACUUUCUAUGAUCCUCUCUCACACCAAGUCACUGAUGGAAGAAAAGAAGGAGGAAUUAGAAGACUGUAUAUUGGUACUUAGUGAUAUCAUGGAUGUCAUGUAUAGUAAAGAUUUUGGUUCUCAUGAGGAGGACAUAGAAGAAAUUAUCAGAAUGAACUUAAGAACUAUCAUCCAGGCAGCCAUAAUUUUGGAGAGAAAAUCCAAAGUAGCAUCAUCAGCUGUGUUAUAUUGCAGGACAAGUUGUGUUGCUGUGUUAUUAAGUGUUUUAAGACAAAUGACAGAUAGACAUUAUAAAAUGUAUGUGGAGGAGUUUUCUUACACAAUAGACUUACGUGAUUUCCUAAUGGAAAUAUUAAUAUUAUUCCGAGUUUUAGUGGAAAAUACAGUAUUUCCUUCAGAUUGGGUAGAGAUGAUCAUGUUACAGAAUAGCAUAAUACUACGUGCCUUAAGAUUUUUUGCUCACACAAUUUAUGAAAAGUUUUCUACAGAUUUUGAGGAACAGUUAUGGAGCUGUUUCUUCCAUUGUGCAAUAUCAUUCCUCACACAGAGAGCGUUACAGUUAGAACAAUUUACACCAUCUAAAAGAACAAAAAUUAUAUCACGAUACAAGGAUAUGAGAAGAGAGGCUGGGUUUGAAAUUAGACAUAUGUGGUUUCAUUUAGGACAAAAUAAACAAUAUUUUAUACCUGGUUUGGUAGGACCUAUACUUGAAAUGACAUUAAUUCCAGAGCAAGAAUUAAGAAAGGCCACAAUACCAAUAUUCUUUGACAUGAUGUCCUUUGAAUUCAAUGAGAUAGAUUCUAUAACUGGAAAAAUCAAAGGAAACUUUUCUCAGGUGGAGAAUGAGUUAAUUAUGAAACUGGAUGCUUUAGUAGAAGGAGGAUGUGGUGAUGAAGAAUAUAAAGAAAUGAUAUAUGUCAUAUUAUCCCAGUUAUGUAAAGGUCAUUCAGCAAUGAUGGAAUCAGGAGUCAAUUUUGUGAAUACAAUCAAAGAGUUACUACAAAGACUUUUAGAAUAUAGGAAGAUUAUACAGAACGAGAUUAAAGAACAUCGAAUGAGUUGUAUUGUUAAUCUGCUGAAUUUUUACCACGAUAUUGAAAGACAGGAAAUGUACAUAAGAUAUCUAUAUAAACUUUGUGAUCUUCACCUUGAAUGUGAAAACUAUACAGAGGCAGCUUAUACUAUAAUGUUACAUGUUAAUUUACUCCAAUGGUCAGAUGAACCCUUACCACCCAUGUUGCAAUGUAAUUGGCAUCUAGAGGCACAGACACAGAGACAACUCAAAGAAAUGUUAUACUAUGAUAUUGUAGGAUACUUUGACAAGGGAAAAAUGUGGGAAAAGGGUAUUCAACUGUGUAAAGAAUUAGCCCAGUUAUAUGAACAAGAAUUGUUUGAUUAUGAACGUCUGAGUGUAAUACUUAGACGACAAGCAGACUUGUACAGUCAUAUCAUAUCAAAACUCAGACCAGACCCUGAAUAUUUCAGAGUUGGAUAUUUUGGCAGAGGUUUUCCUUCAUAUUUGCAAAACAAAGUAUUUAUAUACAGAGGUAAAGAUUAUGAGAGGUUACCAGAUUUUAAUGCCAGGAUGCAGACAUUAUUCCCAAAUGCUGAAUUGAUGAGAUCAUUGCAGCCUCCAUCAGAAGAAUUGAAGGAAUCUGAUAAAGAAUACCUGCAGAUUAAUUCUGUCUCACCAGUUUUCGAUCUCCAUGUGAGAUUUGGCGAGAAGCAUGUUAGUGAAAGAAUUCAACAAUAUUUUACGAAAAAUGAAGUCAGUAAAUUCCAAUUCUCUAGAAAGAUGGAGGAUUCUGGCGGUGAUGUAACGAGUUUGUGGUUAGAGAGAACCUUUUUAACAACAACAUAUGAAUUUCCUGGCAUUUUAUGUUGGUUUCCUGUUAUACAUGUCACAACAUAUCAAGUGAGUCCAUUAGAGAAUGCAUUUGACACCCUGGAUACCACUAACAAGAAAAUCAACAAAGAAGUAGAACAUCAUAUAUCAGAGCCCACAGCUAAUGUACAAAACCUUAGUAUGCUGUUACAAGGUGUUAUAGAUGCUUCUGUCAAUGGAGGAAUCUCAAAUUAUAAAAUAUUUUAUAAUGAUGAUUAUGGAGAUAGCAGUGAAGAUAGAAAACUUGUUCGAAAACUAAAAGACUCAACCAGGCAUCAGUUGGUGCUGUUACGGGAGGCAUUGAAUAUAUUUAAACGCAAAGCUCCUGAAGAUCUCAGACCUUUUAGUGCUCAUUUGGAACAGAAGUAUGAAGAAAUGUGUGUUCAAAUAAAACAGGAAUAUAGCCUUAAAGCACCUGACAAUACCUCAGUAAAUACAUUGAAGAGAUACAAGUCUAUGUCAGCUGUCAGUCUGAGUCGAGUCAGUGAAGCUUUCUAUUCAUCACAGAGUACAAAUGAUCUGAACCGACUUAGAUCAAACUAUGCAACGCCAGUGAUACGUACACCAGCCAGUCGUACACCAUCAGUGUUUGUCAAAGCUGACAGAUCUAACAGUAUAUCACCAAACAAGGGAGCAAAAGUCAGCAACUUAUUCAAACGCACCUCAUUUGCUGCUUCUGAUCAGAGUAGCGAAGGGGGUAGCAGUAAUCGUAACUCGCUUGAACAACCUAUUGAGUUAACUGAGCAGAUGGAUCCCUGGAAAAAUAUACCAAUUACACCAAGACGUCCACUGCGACCAGAUGCCAAUGACCGCAGACAGACUCGACCAGGCAGUAAUCAGUUUGCCCCAUCAACAUUGUCAUAUCUUAAUAACGCAGGCAGCAACUCCUCUCUGAUAGAUAACAACAGUGACACAGAAUCAUCUGAUGAACCUCCACCAUUACCUGAUAAGUGUGCAGAUUCUACAACUACCAAUGAGACACCGCAAAUGCCAAAUCGACAAAUUGGUCACAGAAAGUCUAAGCCUAUACCUCCGCUUCCAAAUGAAGGAGGAUCACCACCUCCUGUGCCUAAAAAAUCUUCAACACCGAACUGCAAGUGAUUCAACUGCCGCAUGGUGGGUUGUCUUUCUUUGAAGAACUCUUCAGUCUUGCCUUAUAUGAUGGAAUGACUUUAUAUACAUGUGAAUGACUUCUGAGGGCAUAAUGUUUUCUUUGCAAAUAAUCGAUAAUAUAGAACUGUUUGGGGAAAAAAUAGAAAUGAAGGUUUCCUGAAAAUAUUGAUAUUAAGUUUGUGAACGUAGACUGAUAUAAUCAGCAGAUGUUUCAAAUAAAAACAACUUUUUAUACAUGUAAUAUAAUUUGUAUUAUAAUGUUCACAAUUAAAAGACUAGAUUUUGUCUGAUGCUCAGACAUAAGGAUGAAAAUUUAUUUUAAUAUCGUAACUGUUUAUUAUCAGUAAGCAGAUAUGAAUUUUUGACAUUGUAGAAUAUCUUUAAAUGUUUUUAUUUUUAAUACAGGUGGAAAAUGUUUAAUGAUCUUAGCAAGAAUAAUGCUUAUUUGCUUCCUUUUUACAUUCUUUCUUCUUUUUUUCUUCCUUUUUUUUGUUUUUUUUUAAGAAUUUUAAUAUGUCAACUAGAAGAAGAUAAAGAAUUUUUUAGAAAAGAUACUUUUGAUGGUGACAUUUAGUUUUAAUUACUCCCCAAAAAGAUAUCCAAUUUCACAAAGUGACUAAAUAAUGAUUUAUUUCAUUAUACAAAUCCCAUUUUUCCAAUGAUAUAAUUUUGGUUGCAAUAAAUUAGUUGGGUUUUUUUUUAACAAUUUUUUGAUGGAUUAUGUUCCUCUUUGUGGAUAAUAAAAAUAAAUGGGUGCCAUGAUCUGUUCUCUGAAGACGGCUGUAUAAUUAUUAGGAGAAAGAUAAUUGUUGCCUUGCAGUAUAUUCUCCGAGGAUGGUAACAAAAUUAUAAGAAAAGAUUUGAGUGGCCUUGCACUCUAAUUCUGUGAUAAGGAUGUGUUCAUUUUUACUGGAGUCAUUUUGAUAAAUUUUAUGCUGUUAUUGUUGUAGCUAUUUGUUAAUUAUCAUUAAUUAUGUAAUUAUUUGACAAUGAGGUGUUUAUAAUUUUGAUAGUUGUGAAGCAGGAACAUAUGAUAUUUAUUCAAUCAUGGUUUAUUCAGAGGCAGAAUUCACAAUUUAUUGUCGUCUUCACAGACGAAUUGAACUUUACAUUGACCAAUCUUUGAGACAAAUAAGAUAUGUUGUUUACAAAAUGAUAUUGUUAGAAAUCACAGCAUGAAACAAGUAAGGGUAAAACCAAACACUGUAAUAACCCAUUUUUAUACAGUCAGCUAUCUGGGCUGUUCCAUUAAUAAAACAUACAUGGUACCCAGGGAAGGCACUUUAAAAAUGGGGUAACCAACUAUAGAGGCAAUUAAGAAUUUCUCAUUACAUUUUCACUGUUCAAAAUAAUUUUAACACCCACCCAUAUAUAGUUGAGAUUUCAAAGUGCCUUCCCUGGGUCUCAUGUAUGUUUUUAUGAAACAGCCCUCAGGCAUACUGUAAAUUCAGAAAUUAUUGAGAGAUUUAUAUUAAUGCCAAUAAUGAUUCAGGCUGAGUGCCACAAUAAUAAGAACUUGCAUUAUGAUAUCUGAUACAUAUAUCAUAAUACAAAUUUCUGAAAUUGCAAUAAUUAAGCUCCCAUUUUUGUCCGCUCUUCAAAAAUCGAUUAUUAAAUGCACGCAAUAAUUUUUUAAUUUACAGUAACUAGAAACAUAUCAGAUAAUCACUGUAACCAGAAAUAUGAAAGGAUUCUUGAGUAUUCCAUUAGCUACAUGUAAUUUGAUUGAGAGGUACUUUCCUGUGUCUAAUGUCAAUGGUAGAUUCCUUGUCCUUGAUCAAGUAAUUUAGAAUAUAAAAUUAUUCUAUACUAUUAAUACAAUUUGCCGCUUUUGUAUAAACUAUCGUUUCCUGCUUCACAUAUAUCUGUUUUAGCAGUUUUUUUAUACAAAUAAGUCAAGUAUUUGACCAGUUAUUUUUAAUAUGCUGCUGUGUAUAUGGUGCUUUUACAUUUAUUUGCUUAUAUAAAUAUAUACAUUUUGUAAAUUCUUGUAAAAAUUCUGUGAAUUUAUCUUAUUGUAUAUGUUACAGCAAUGCUGAAACUUCUUGUAUAAAUGUUAAUGUAGUCAGUCUCCAGAAAAAGAACUGGUCCACAGAUACAUGAAUAGCAACACUAUCUUUUGAGCUAAUGAUUUUUCUUUAUUUUUCGAAGUACUUUCAAUAAAUAUUCCAAGCUUUAUUGUUAAAGCCUGUAACUUCAUGCCAUUUUGUGAAUUUCUGUAAUCUUCAGCCAUAUUUUCAUAUUAAUCACCUUAUCAUGGCUAUCAUCUUGUUAAACUUUUUGAUAGUUUUAUUUUAGUGUAUUCCAUUAAUAGUAUUGACUUUUAAAUUAAUAAUCAGGAGGAACUGGUGUUUCAAUUGAAGCUCAAAUAAACAUAAACUCAAAUAAUUAUAUUUACACAAUCUUUUUCUCUUAAAUCAUUGUAAAUAUUUAUGGUCAAAUAUAACCAGUUGUAGUCGAGCAUUUUGAUUUUUUAAAAAUUCUGUCAUAUUUAACACGUGCAAUUUUGUCUUGUUAAUAUCCUGAAAAUUCAUUAAAAUUAAAAAAUAGAUUUAAUGUAAAUAUUUCAUAACCUCAGUUACAUUAUCUGACCCUCACACUGAAUUCUUUUAUACACUGGUUGAUGGAGAAGUUAGAAAGGUGGAUGGGAUAUUUUGCUCUAAUACUACUUGGUUCAAGGUCACAAAAUUCUGUACAAAAAAGCCUUACUUCAGAAAAUAUAUGAAAUAAUAGUUUUUUUGUUAUUCAAGCUGCCCAGUCUAUUUUUUUUUUUUUUUUCAGAUAAUGUAUAACAGUCUCAUCUAUACAUCUUUGUAUUACUGUUCAUGCCAAGGACUUUGUGUUAAUUGAUAAUUUUAUCUAGUCAUUUUUGUUCUUAUGAUGUGUUUUUGUGACCACCAUGAACAGAUGCAUUCUGUUGUUUAUUUGACAGACGAAGAAAAACUAUUCCAUUAAUAUAAAAUUUCAUAUUUCAAAUUUUUUUAUAACCAAGAAAUUACACUUCUUUUAUUUAGAAGUAUUGGUUUUUAAUAAUAUUUUAUUAGUGUCUGUUUCUAAUAGAGUUUUUCUUCAAAAAUCUUAGGUAGACUGGUACUCCAAAAAAUCUUAAACUGAUACUCAAGACAGUCAGACUGGUACUUGUUUUGGGACCUGUGAAAUUUGUCGGUGAACUUUAUUUGCCUUCUGUGUUUUUCCUGAAUAAAAGUGUACCAAAAUGUGUAAAACACAUACAAAAAUUUCUGUAAAAAGGUGAAAAAAAACUACAUAUAACCUUUAUACAUAAUUAAGGGUGUAUUUAAAGUGAUGAAUUCACACAAACAUGUUGCCCUAAGUAAAGUUAACCAAAAAUGUGUAAUUAAUCUGUAUAUAGAUAAAAAAAACAAUAAAUUAUAUAUUUCAUGUGCUUUAUUUCGGCAUGAGAAAGAAAUUUUCAACGAGCCUAUGAUAAGUUCAGACAUUGAAUUAGCAUUAAAAAUAGAGUUCUUCAUUUUAUGUUCACCACAAUAGAAUUCUAUUAUGAAAUAAGAUGAACCAGGUAUACUUAAAUUACAAAUAGGGGGAUAUAUCCUUAUUUUAAUUUUUGCCUCUUAUGCUGCAUAAUACAAAUCAAAUUAUUUUGCCAGUAUUUUUGUCUCCACCCUAACAAUUACUUACUUAUUUGCAAAAAUAUUUUUGUGCAUCAUUUGUUAUAGCUUAUUAUUGCUGUUAUGUUAUUAUUUUUGUAUAUUCUGAAAUCAUUUUACGACAGAGACACUGUAAUAAAUCUUUAAUACUAA